AUGAAACAAAAUAUUUUAUCAUUAUUUUUUUUAUUUUAUUGUUUAUUUUUAAAUACAUUUACAAAAUCUAUUUCUGUAAUUGAAAAACAAGGGUUGGAUGUAAUAUGUAUAGCAUAUAAUAUAACUACAGAUGUUAAUUUUGAUUAUUGUUCUAUACCAAAUAUUAUAGGUUGUGACUCUUCAAACUCUUCAGUUAAAUAUUUGAAUUUAAUAGGUGAUAGUUCAAAUAUGACACCCUUCCCAAACAAUACAAUUGGAAAUUUGCCUUUUUUAUAUGAAUUAAAAAUAUCAAAUUCAAUUUUAUGGGAUUUUUUCGAUGGAAUAGGAACUUUUUUAAAUAAAGUAACAUUAAAUAAUACAAUUUUAUACCCAACAUUCCCUGAAGAUACUAAAUCUAUUAAACAAUUAAGCUUAUAUGACACUCAAUUUUCUGGUAACAUAAAUUCAUCCCUCAUAUUAAACUAUCGAGUCUUGUAA